AUGGCUUCAAGAUCUCCUUUUGUGGUUCUUCAUGACUAUACAAAGGAUUAUGGUGUCAUUAGACCUAUAGACGCAAAAAUAACAAUUUCAUGGAUCAUGAUCAAGGCAAUAACAUUAACUGAGAUAGAAAAAAUACUACAACGAAAUGACAAAUCUCUAAAGGAUCAUAGUUGCUUGCCCUACCAGAUAUUUGAUGAUGUGGAACAGUUUCAAAACAAGUUCAUAGUAGAUGAGCUUAACUACAACAAACAAGAAAUGACAGCUAAACAGGCAUCCUACCUAACAAUGAUGACAGCAGAACAUAAUGGUGUAUAUGACAACAUAAUGCAGUCGGUGUUGUCUGAGAGUGGCAGAUUUUUCUUUUUGUAUGGAUAUGGAAGAACUAGCAAAACUUUUGUCUAG